GCAUGGAGGAGAAGUACCUGCCCGAGCUGAUGGCGGAGAAGGACUCCCUGGACCCCUCCUUCACGCACGCUCUGCGGUUGGUGAACCAAGAAAUAGAAAAGUUUCAAAAAGGAGAAAGCAAGGAAGAAGAGAAAUACAUUGACGUGGUGAUUAAUAAGAACAUGAAGCUGGGACAGAAAGUGCUAAUUCCUGUAAAACAAUUCCCUAAGUUCAACUUUGUGGGGAAACUUUUGGGUCCACGUGGCAAUUCUCUGAAGCGUUUACAGGAAGAAACUUUGACAAAAAUGUCCAUCCUUGGAAAAGGUUCCAUGCGGGACAAGGCAAAGGAGGAAGAGUUGAGGAAAAGUGGAGAAGCCAAGUAUUUCCACCUCAACGACGACCUCCACGUCCUCAUAGAAGUCUUCGCCCCGCCAGCGGAAGCAUACGCCCGGAUGGGCCAUGCUCUGGAAGAAAUCAAGAAGUUCCUCAUCCCUGACUAUAAUGAUGAAAUCAGGCAAGCACAGCUUCAGGAAUUGACAUACCUGAAUGGUGGUUCCGAAAAUGCUGACGUUCCAGUGGUUCGAGGGAAGACCCCCUUGCGUACAAGAGGUGUACCAACCCCAGCAGUAACCAGGGGACGGGCAGGAGUCACGGCUCGGCCAGUUGCGGUUGGUGUACCUCGAGGGACGCCGACCCCCAGGGGAGUCCUCUCUUCCCGAGGGCCAGUGAGCCGAGGACGGGGGUUGCUCACACCGCGAGCAAGAGGAGUCCCCCCGACUGGAUACCGACCUCCACCGCCACCCCCUGCCCAGGAGACCUAUGGAGAAUACGACUAUGAUGAUGGAUACGGUACUGCUUAUGACGAGCAGAGUUACGAUUCCUAUGACAACAGCUACAGUGCCUCAGUGCAGAGUGGUACUGAUUACUAUGAUUAUGGGCACGGACUCAGCGAGGAGAUUUACGAUUCCUACGGACAAGAAGAGUGGACGAAGUCAAGACACAAGGCUCCUUCAUCGCGGACCACGAAGGGCGCCUACAGAGAGCAGCCAUAUGGCAGAUACUGAUUGUACUGUCUGGUGUUGUGAAAUCCCCAAUCUCCACCAGUCCUGUAUACUGUUCAAAGUAAUUUUUUUCUAUGAACAAUCCCUUUUUAAUAAAUCAAAAUGUUUAAAAUACGAAUGGAUGGAACUCAACUACUUUGUUGAGACGUCAACUGGGCAGAAAAAUAAAAGACAUGUAAAAUUUUGUUAUUUCUAGUCUGUAUAUGAAAAAUAGGUCAUCAAAAGAAAAAAAAAAAAAAAAACUUUGAUUAACUAGUGUUAAACAAACAAACAAAAGUAGGUUUCCUAAAUAUGUUAAUCCAUUCUUUUAACAUAAGCCUCACCUUUCAUUUUAAAGGUUUCCAUAGAAUUGAGUUAUUUUAUCUUUCAGCCAUAUGCUAGCUUUUGUUUUGUUUUGCUUUGUUUCCUCUUGACAACAUGCGUAAAAAGGGAAACCAAUGACAAGUGCAAAUAAUGUGGUAUUCUUUUGUAACUCAAGUCUUGAACUGUUCUGUAGUGUUAAGCAAAGUCUCCUCUUGCUUGAUACUAAAUAAACUUUUGAAAGAAA